AUGUCGAGUACCAACACUCCUUCCGCAAACGAGAGUGAAAACCCUUCAGUCGCGACUCUACCAGAUCUUCAAGGAUUGUAUGAUUCACCCGAUGUCGAUGACAAGAUUGACGAGACUGGAUGUUCUGAGUCCUACAAUCACCUCGAGGACUGCAUCGUCGAGAACGACCGUGACUGGCGCAAGUGCCAAGAAGAGCUUAUCGACUUCAGAAAGUGUAUGCGAGACCACGGUCGUUUGGCAGCAGAAGGUUUCAAAAUUGAUGGCAAACGGGCUAUCGAACUAACAAAAGAUUCGAAAACGAGACGAGUUAUCAAGUCGACGAAGCCGCUGAACCCUGAUGUCAGAACGUAUGUUGAGACUCAGCAGCUCUCAGAAGUGAACUGUGGUCAGCGUAUAGUGAGAGCUGACCCAGCCCAGGUCACAAUGAAAAACAUCUACGGCGAUACUGCGUUGCACUACGCUUGCAAAGGCACGGACAUCGAGAUAGUUGAGAUCCUCCUCCAGAACAGCGCCGAUGUUCAUGCGCAAAACAAAUUCGGUCAAUUUCCAAUCGAUCAUGCGGCAAAGAAAAGCCCAGAAAUAUUCUCGGCGCUGAAAGAUUAUGGCGCUCUAUGGGAUAAGAAAAAGAAAUGCGGACUCCCACCCGAAGGCAUGCUGAAUUCGGAACUCACUCGGAAGACUAUGCAAGUUGUAGCAGAAUCACAGAACGUCAACGAUGCUGCGGCUUCUUCCCGCACCGGAGAUGCUGGGAGACAGCUUUUCAAAGACCAGCGGAAAAAGUUUAGCUCCUUCUCAGCAUCCUACACUGGAUUGCAGUACGCUUGUGUGAAGAAAGAUGCGGAAUUGGUUCGAGAAAUACUCAAAAGCGAAGGAGUCGAUGUGAAUGCUCAGAACGCCUACGGUGAUGCGGCCUUGCACUAUGCCGUUCAAGGAGGUCUGAUGGAUGUUGUCAAAGACCUGAUCUCGCACAAGGCUGACCUCGAUAUCCAAAACGACUUCGGUCAGACCCCCCUCCACAAUGCAGCACGAGUUCCGAUUAUGCCGCUCCUUGCUCCUAGGUUACUGCGAGAGACAGAAAAGAAGAGUCCGGCUCCCCUAGGGAGCCCAACUCUUGAACUACCUGAUUCACAUAAGAAGCUCAUCACACGAAAAGAAGCCGAGGUUGAAGAACAGGGUAUGAUGAGCUUCUCACCGUUGAUGUAUGCUUGUGUCAGAGGUGAAGAGCAGAAGGUCCGUGAAAUUCUACGUGAAGCCGGAGAGCAAAGUAGAUUUGAGCUCUUGAAACAGCAAAAUGCGUACGGCGACACUGCGUUGCACUACGCUGCUCAGCAAGGAAACCGGGACAUUGUGUCUUUCCUUCUGGACGCGAACGCUGACCCAGAUGUUCGAAACCGCUACGGCCUCACACCCCUCCAUCACGCAGCAUCGGUUACAGCGUCAGCUACUUCGGCCGCUGGAUACGGGAGGAUCGCUGCUGCUGUGGAAGUUAUACGGGAGUUGCUCGAGCGAGGAGCCGACAAGUACUUGGAAGGUCUGGUGCGUCAUUUCUACUCCCCGUUUAGUCCCGUCAGAAUGCACCGAGGAAGGACAACCACCCACUGUGCAUCCGAAACGAGCGAAUACUCGAGAUACCCCGCGACAAGUAGAGCUUCGGUGGCAGCAUCAAAAACAGCUAUCGAUCCCAUGACCCGCUUGCUCGCCGAGUCCGAAGGGCUGCUCGCAGUGACACCAGAAAUUCAUCGACUUCCGCUGGACUGCCGGGUGGACUCUCACCAGCAGCAACCAGAGUUUUUACGAAACCUCCGGGAGAGAUGUGAGGCGGAAGGUAAGAGACAAAAGAUGGAGAAGCGUAUCGAAAGACGAAAAAGGCACGAGGCUAUGAUCGCACGCGAGAAACGUCGCGGAGAGUGGCUGCGACAGCAAUCAGUAAUACGAGAACGCAUCGAGAAUGAGGAGAGUUUGAGGGCCGAGAGAAGAAGAGUACAGACCGCCAUUACCAGACAGAUACGGAAGAAACUACAAAGUGGAACGGAACAGGGUAUCGAUAUAAAUAUCUCACAGGAGUUGUACGGAAACGCUGAUUUUGAAGGCGAAGAGUCGGAAGGCAGCGGAGAUGCGACACAACCGUUCCCGAUCGAGGCUACACACGCCAGGAAAAUCAUACACAAAAUUUUAGUUCCGCCGAAGAUACAACACCGAGUGCAGCUGCAGGCGACACCAAGCCUCCCCGAGAAGUCAGAUUUGGCCGUCGAACUCCCCAACCUCUUCCCUGGUCUGCGAGGUGUGUAA